UUUAUAGAGGGAAGACUUACCAAGAAGAAUUUUGAUCUAGAAAAGUUAAAUAUCCCCAAGGAGAAAAACAGAUAAAAACAAACUGAGAUUCCAACUGUGGCUAUGGAAAAUCAGACACUGCUUGGUGGAAUUUCAAGUACAGAAGAUGGAUUUAUCACUGAAAUAUUUAGUCAAAAUAGUCCAUUUAAUUCUGAAAACCUUAACUUUGAAAAUACAGUAAUUAAUAAACCUGGUGAAGAAGGGUUUCACUCCAGUCAAGACAGUCAUUUAUGCACUAUGGCUGUUGGAGAAACUUUGCUGGAUCAAUUCAAAUACCCUCUUAAUAUUGAAGGUCAAAAUACAAUACUCAAGGUCAAAAUACAGCCACUUGUAGAAGACAAUCAUGAUAAUGAAAUCCUUGGAAAAUGUCAGAAGCUACAAGACCUAAAUCCUUCAGAAGAAGCUAAACAUACAUAUCCACCUUAUCCACUGUCACACUCGUACAAUGUCCAUUUUCUGUCUUCCUUAAUGAUGCAACAAAGAAAUUCUAAUGUUUUGUCACUAAGUACCUGCCCUCCAGAAGGAACAAUCAAUCAAAAUGUCAGAAUGAUACCAGUAUUCAGACCUCUACUAGAUCCAGUUACUGGUGGGAAUAAUUGUAUUUGUUAUGACCAAUUCAAAGGAAUGCUUAAUAGUUGUGUACAGUCACAAGCCUUGCCAGGUACCUCCAAUGACCCUUGCAGUGAUACCAGCACUUUACCUCAGACUAGUGCUCCUGUCUGUGAUGAACUUGUGGAGGUAAAAGAAACAAUUGUUAGUAAUAUGGCUAAUAACCAAAAGGAAGCAGUUUUUCAGAAUUCAAAUGCAGGAGAAACCAGCUGCAAGUUACUAUCUGCACAAAAUGUAAUGGAGGACCCCAGCUGUUCACACAGAACAGAUUCCAGUCCAGUGGUGAUCUGCCAGUUGAAAGGAGGUACUCAAAUACUCUGCAUAAACAAUUCUGGCACAAGAGAACUGAAAACAGUUCAUCUGGUUCCCCAGUAUCAAAACCAACAUAAUUAUCUUCAGUCAGGUACAAAGAAAAUGAAAAUUUAA